AAAAACUAAAGAUGUUUGCUAUCAGAAAAAGGUAUACAGAGGCAGACUGUAUGGAGAAAAUUGGAAAAUUUUUGUCAUACGUCUAUGUUAAAAACAAGAAUGUGAUUCCAUUAAACAGGACUAUGUUAUUACAGGAGUCACUGACGAUGGAAGAUGUGUCCGUGGAAUUUACUAAGGAGGAAUGGCAGCUCCUGGGCCCUGCUCAGAAGAACCUGUACUGGGAUGUGAUAUUUGAGAACUAUUGGAAUCUGGUGUCACUAGGAUAUCAAGCUACCAAACCGUAUGAACGCUCCAAGUCGAAACAAACAGAGGAACCGUGGAUAAAAGAAGAUAAAAUCCAGAAUAGAACCUGUACAGGAAUCAGGGAAGUUGACAGUGAUCUGCAAGAGUACUGUAAAAACCAAAGAUUUCUGAAGAGCAUGCAUCAGUGCAGUGAACAAAAUGCACUUCGAAACAAUGUUCAUCUGAGCACAUCACAUGGUCUUCUAAUGCAAAAUCGUAUGUUUGACUUAUAUAGAAAAACUUUGAAAUCAGAAUUAAGUUUUGUCAACCAAAAGAGAGAACAUGAAAUAAAUAUCCCUGUUGAAUUAAAUGGAGGUGAGAAAACCCUCCUAUGUGGUAAAGAUGAACAUAUAUCUACUAAAGUUAAACUCUGUGAAAGUAAAAAAUGUACAGAUACUAAAUUCCAAGAGUUCAGUCAUCAGGAGACCCACAAAACUGAGAAACCCCAUUCAUGCAAUGAAGGUGAGAAAACCUUCAUCAGAGAGUCUAAAUUCUUUUACCAUGAGAGCAUUCACACAGGAGAGAAACCGGGAAGUGAUGACUGUGAGAAAUCAUUCAGAAGUGUCAUGUCCCCUAAGUGUCAGACAACUCAUACAAAAGACAAACCCUCUAUACUCAGUGAAUAUAGAAAAGGCAGUACCGUGAAAAGCAGUCUUGAUGUAAAUCAGCAAACCCACAUGGGAGAGAAAUCCUAUAUAUGCAGUGAGUGCGGCAAGGGCUUUACAAUGAAGCGCUAUCUAAUUGCUCAUCAUCGAACUCACAGUGGGGAGAAACCUUACGUAUGCAGUGAAUGCGGGAAAGGCUUCACUGUGAAGAGCAAUCUGAUUGUACAUCAGCGGACUCAUACUGGGGAGAAACCCUAUGUAUGCAGUGAAUGUGGGAAAGGCUUUACCAUGAAGCGCUAUCUUGUUGUACAUCAGCGGACUCAUACUGGAGAGAAACCCUAUCUCUGUAAUGAAUGUGGAAAAGGCUUCACUGUGAAGAGCAAUCUGAUUGUACAUCAGAGAUCUCAUACAGGGGAGAAAUCCUAUAUAUGCAGUGAAUGUGGAAAAGGCUUCACUGUGAAGCGCACGCUCAUUAUACAUCAGCGAACUCAUACAGGAGAGAAAUCGUACAUAUGCAAUGAAUGUGGAAAAGCCUUUACUACAAAGCGUACUCUCGUUAUACAUCAGCGAACUCAUACAGGAGAAAAGCCCUAUGAAUGCAAUGAAUGUGGUAAAGCCUUCAGCCAGAAGAUAUGCCUAGUACAACAUGAGAGAUGUCAUACAGGAAAGACUCCCUUUGUAUGUACUGAGUGUGGAAAAUCCUAUUCACACAAAUAUGGCCUCAUUACCCACCAGAGAAUUCACACGGGAGAGAAGCCUUAUGAGUGCAACGAAUGCAGAAAAGCGUUCACCACAAAGUCUGUGCUCAAUGUACAUCAAAGAACUCACACAGGAGAGAGACCAUACAGCUGCAGUCAUUGUGAACGAGCUUUCUCUCACUUGUCAAACCUUGUUAAACAUAAGAAGAUGCACACAAGAGAAAUGGAUAGACUCAAUCAAGUUGAAAAUUCCUUUAGUACAGACUCACCACUUACUACUCAGAAAUGAACUCUUGGGGGAAAAAAAAACCCUAUUCCUGCAGACUGGAAGUGUCUCUGUGGCAACUCAGAUUUCACUAAACCUCAGUGGGAUCCUAACAGAUUGGAAU